UGAGAUCACAGGGCCUCAUCUGCCUUUGAGGCAGGCCUGCUUGUGAGAGGCCUUGCUUACUGCCUAUUCCUUCCUCUUGCGUCUCUUUAAUUCCUGCCAGGGAGAGAAAGGGGAAGCUUUCCCUCUAGAAGUCUUCAAUCUAUAUCGACCCCUUUCCCAGGGGAAGCUGGGCUCUGGAAAGCGCAGUAAUGCUGGUUUUUUGAUUGAAGGAUAGUUGGUCGCGCAGAAAGUAUUAUCAACACUCAACUGGAUAUUGGAAUGUACCUGUGAUUUAUUGUCAUAUGGAGGAUUAACUAGAACACAAUUGAAAGUUGCUAUACAGAAGGACUUUUAACAGGGAGUUGAAAAUCUCAAAACAAAAAGAAACACAACAUGUCAUCAAACCGGAGUCAAAAUCCACAUGGACUUAAACAGAUUGGUUUGGACCAGAUCUGGGAUGACCUGAGGGCUGGGAUCCAACAGGUGUACACCAGACAAAGCAUGGCAAAGGCCAGAUACAUGGAACUCUACACUCAUGUUUAUAACUACUGCACCAGUGUACACCAGUCAAACCAAGCACGGGGAGCUGGUGUACCGCCAUCAAAGUCAAAAAAAGGACAGGCACCAGGAGGAGCUCAGUUUGUUGGGCUGGAACUAUACAAACGCCUCAAGGAGUUCCUGAAGAAUUACUUGACCAACCUCCUCAAGGAUGGCGAGGAUUUAAUGGAUGAAAGUGUUCUAAAGUUUUACACACAACAAUGGGAAGAUUACCGGUUUUCAAGCAAAGUAUUGAAUGGGAUCUGCGCGUACCUCAACAGACACUGGGUCCGGCGCGAGUGUGACGAAGGAAGGAAAGGAAUAUAUGAGAUUUACUCUCUUGCGUUAGUAACGUGGAGAGAUUGUCUUUUCCGGCCCUUAAAUAAGCAAGUGACAAAUGCUGUGCUGAAACUGAUUGAAAAGGAACGAAAUGGAGAAACCAUCAAUACCAGACUCAUCAGUGGUGUUGUACAGUCUUAUGUCGAACUAGGCUUGAAUGAAGACGAUGCGUUUGCCAAGGGCCCAACGCUGACAGUAUACAAAGAGUCUUUUGAGUCACAGUUUUUGGCCGACACAGAGCGUUUCUACACAAGAGAAAGCACAGAGUUUUUACAGCAGAACCCUGUCACAGAGUAUAUGAAAAAGGCAGAAGCACGGCUUUUAGAGGAGCAGCGUAGAGUACAGGUUUACCUUCAUGAAAGCACCCAAGACGAGCUGGCACGGAAAUGUGAACAAGUGCUAAUUGAAAAACAUUUAGAGAUCUUCCACACAGAGUUUCAGAACUUGCUAGACGCUGACAAAAAUGAAGAUCUGGGGCGGAUGUACAAUCUUGUAUCUCGAAUUCAAGAUGGCCUAGGGGAAUUGAAAAAGCUUUUGGAAACACAUAUCCACAAUCAAGGACUUGCCGCUAUAGAAAAGUGUGGAGAAGCGGCACAAAAUGAUCCCAAAAUGUAUGUACAGACCGUUCUGGAUGUCCACAAAAAAUAUAAUGCACUAGUUAUGUCGGCAUUCAACAAUGAUGCUGGCUUUGUGGCUGCACUAGAUAAGGCUUGUGGACGGUUUAUAAAUAACAAUGCUGUGACAAAGAUGGCGCAAUCUUCCAGCAAGUCUCCUGAGCUGCUUGCCCGGUAUUGUGACUCUUUGCUGAAGAAGAGUUCAAAGAAUCCAGAAGAGGCAGAGCUGGAAGAUACACUAAAUCAAGUGAUGGUGGUUUUUAAGUACAUAGAAGACAAAGAUGUGUUUCAGAAAUUCUAUGCAAAGAUGCUUGCCAAGCGCCUUGUUCACCAGAACAGUGCAAGCGAUGAUGCAGAGGCCAGCAUGAUAUCCAAACUCAAGCAAGCGUGUGGCUUUGAGUAUACCUCAAAACUGCAGAGGAUGUUCCAAGACAUAGGCGUGAGCAAGGACCUAAAUGAGCAGUUUAAAAGGCACCUCACCAAUUCCGAGCCGCUCGACCUGGAUUUCAGCAUUCAGGUUCUCAGCUCUGGAUCAUGGCCCUUUCAGCAGUUUUGCACAUUUGCGUUACCAUCCGAGCUGGAACGCAGCUACCAGAGGUUUACAGCUUUUUAUGCCAGCCGGCACAGCGGAAGGAAACUGACUUGGUUAUAUCAGUUAUCUAAGGGGGAGCUGGUGACUAAUUGCUUCAAAAAUAGAUACACCUUGCAGGCUUCCACGUUCCAGAUGGCAAUCCUGCUACAGUAUAACACAGAAGAUGCCUACACAGUGCAGCAACUCACAGACAGCACUCAGAUAAAAAUGGACAUCCUGGUGCAAGUUCUUCAAAUACUGCUGAAAUCAAAAUUAUUGGUUUUAGAAGAUGAAAAUGCAAACGUAGACGACGUAGAGCUGAAGCCGGACACCUUAAUAAAGCUAUUCCUUGGCUAUAAAAAUAAGAAGUUAAGAGUGAACAUCAACGUGCCUAUGAAGACAGAGCAGAAACAGGAACAGGAGACAACGCACAAAAACAUUGAGGAAGAUCGGAAAUUGCUUAUCCAGGCUGCUAUUGUAAGGAUUAUGAAAAUGAGGAAGGUCUUGAAACACCAGCAGCUUCUGGGAGAAGUCUUGACUCAGCUGUCUUCAAGAUUCAAGCCACGUGUGCCGGUUAUUAAGAAAUGUAUUGACAUUCUAAUAGAGAAAGAGUACUUGGAACGUGUGGAUGGAGAAAAGGACACCUACAGUUACCUGGCUUAAAUAACAUUUUUAUACAUAUAUUUAGCAGUUGGUAAAACUUAAUUUGUGUGACCCUCGGCAGAUAGUAACAUUUUAUGUGGUGGAAAGACUGGAGAAGAACUGAACUUCAUAGGAGCCAAUCUGCUGCCACGUGGUCCCUACUCUUUUUAACAACCGGAACAGGACUCCAAGAAGCCAGCCUCAGAACUUACAUCUGUAUCGCUCAGGACUGCGAACAUUUCAAGCAUGUAAAUAUGGACACCAGUGCCCUUUAAAUUAAGAACAGAGGGAGAGCUUGUACCCGGCCUGAACAGAUGUUUGCAUGCCACCACCUCCCUUCUUUUAAAUCAAUAGAUUUUGGCUGUACGGGCAACCAGUGUUGGUAAAGACAGUCCCUAUAUAUAUAUUGGCGGAGCCCACUGAGAGUUUGAAUGGACCUAAUGUAAUCUGCUACGAAAACCCCAUUUGUAUAGUGUGUUUCUUUUUUUUUUAUGUGUGGAAAAUAAAAACAGAAAAAGAAAAUCAAACAAUUUCUGUACAAAUUGCUUUGGUUUUUUUGUGUUAUUUUUUUCCUUCCUAAAUGUAAAUAAAAAGUUCCAAUUACAAAAA